AUGUCGGGAUUGCUCUGGCAGCCCCCAAGGACGACUUCUGAAAUAUGUCGUAAAGGCCAGCUAUGUCUAUGGUUUCAUACUAGCAACAUCUUGUCUAAAAACCCGUCGAAACCGGGUGCCUCUAGACGAAAAUUGGCCUCAGACUUGAAGCCUAGGUCUGGAAAUGGUCGCUUGGAGGUAGCACCAAAGCAAUCUACACGCCAGGAUGCGAAGCUGAGCUCUGGAAAUAGUCGCUCAAGCGAUGCACCCAGAAAAGCUCUCUGGAAUCAGAAGCCGAGUUCUGGGAGUGAUCGGUUAAAGGCUGCACCCACCAGGAGGUCCUUCCGCCCAUUUUCCUUUCCUAAACCCGCCAUUGAGCGCGAUCUGGCGCCACACACGAACAACCAGCCUUGGGAGCCUCCAGUCGAUCGGAACCCUUCGUUUAGGAGACGAUCUGCGUACAGGAGCGAGCAGGAUUGGAAGGGUCGGACUGGCCGCUGGAGUCUCCAGCAAGACUCUACAGGAGUGCAGAGCGACGCGCAAGCUCGGCGUUAUCCAUCACGAAGGAACGCAGGGCGAGAGUCUGAGAACUACGAUGACCGGUCUAGGUCACCCUACGGAAGGUCACAACUAGAGGCGAAACGGGGGUUCGAAAGUUAUGACAGGGGCACGCCGCGUCGAACCUACUCUGCAGCACAGGGGACCCGAGAGGCGAUCAAUAGUGAGGGUUUUCAACGGGAGUUUUCAGGAGGUAGGAGCGACCGUUCUGCCUCCUCUGGGCCGGUACCAAGACGGGAGCCUGACAACAACACCGGCCACUCUACUUCACCCUAUGGAAACACGCAACUAGAGCAAAGGCGUAGCGGUAGGCCUACAGUGCCGCGUCGGGUGUUUCCUGAAGAGGAAGUGGCAGAGAGACCCUCAGAGUUUUACGAUCCACCACAAUCCGUUUCUCUCGCUCCCACAACAGACAAUAAUGCUUUCUCAAAACUUGCCACAGACUCCCCAGCUUCCACAGAGUUCACCUCACCUCCCAUCCUCCAGGGGCUCUUAUCUUCUCUGAAGGAGGUGCUUGGGGCUAAUGCGAAGCCCACGCCCAUCCAAUCGCUCAGUCUGAAGUGGUUGCUCAACCAGAGCCCAGGGUGGAAACAAUUUCUUCUCGCCUCCGAAACAGGCUCCGGGAAAUCCAUCGCAUACCUUGUCCCUCUCUUACAAAACCUAAAGCAAGCCGAGCUCGAUACAGCCGCUACGGAAGUACCCCACGUACAACAAGCACGGGCCUACAACCCACGGGCGUUAAUUCUGGCUCCUACACAUGAACUCUCGCGCCAGCUUUCAGGGUUCGCCAAAUCCCUGCUGCACAACGUCAAACUCCGCGUGCUGUGUGCGUCCAAAGCGAAUGUUAAGAGCGUGAAAGAGCAGGAUGAGACCGCGAGCAAGAUGGCGGCGCAGUUUGAUACGAUGAUUGGGGAGGGUGAGUUUGAGGUCAAGAAGGACAAGUUCCCUGUGGAUGUGGUGGUGGGGACGCCGAUGAAGUUGAUGGAGAUGGUUCGUGGUCGGGGCUGGGAUCGGAAGGAGGAAGAGAAUGAGGAGGAAGGAGAGCGGACGUUGAGAAGGGGGAGAGAUAAGAUGGUUGGGUUUGGCAAGUGGAGGAAUAAACCUGAGAUGGGUCUGGCGAAUGUGGAGUGGGUUAUUGUUGAUGAAGCCGAUGUUCUCUUCGAUCCCGAUUUCCAAGAAACGACUAGAACACUCCUGUCGGACAUCAGUCUUGCUCGUGGACAUCCUGUCCCCGUCACGCCCGCACUACCGACUACGCCCAUAUCCUACCCAUUCAAUCUCCUCCUAACAAGCGCUACCAUCCCCACUGCCCUCGCGUCCUAUCUCGAAAUUUGCCAUCCAUCUCUUAUCAGACUCGCUUCGCCACGGCUGCACCACCUUCCCCAGACCUUGCGGACUGAAUACGUCUCCUGGACUGGGGGGAAUAAGUUUGUAGACAUCGAGCGGCGGAUACGCAGAGUCUGGGCUGAGGACUCGUCGACGUUUCAUCUACGAACCGGACACCUGUCCAAGGUGCUCAUGUUUUGCAACAAGAGCACUAAAGUCCUGGAGUUAAGCUCGCACCUCAACGAACGGGAGAUCAAGAAUGUAGCUUUGACAAGUAACAGCGAAACUAGGAAGAGAGGGUCGAACCACCAUCUCGACGGGUUCUUACGUCCACUGUCAACGAAAUCUACAACAACUUCACGUUCGUCUACUCCGGCUCUGGCUCUGAAUGAUCCUAAAACGACACCACUUGUGUUGAUCACUACCUCGCUUCUCUCUCGAGGUCUGGACUUUGACCCAUCGAUUAAGCAUGUGUUCAUCGUUGAUGAGCCGCGGAAUAUGAUCGACUUUUUGCAUCGGGCUGGCAGGUCGGGUCGGGCGGGUGAGCAUGGAAAGGUGGUGGUGUUUGGGAAGAUGAAGGGGCGGGGUAGCGCGAAAGGGAAAGAGGUUAGGAAGCGCGUGGGGGAUUUGCUGUGA